AUGGCUUGGGAUGACGAAGAUUUUGAUAUACCUACAACCACUAAAACCUCAUGGGAAGAUGAAGGUGAUGAAGAUGAUCCAAUAUUAGAUUCAUGGGAUGUUGAUCCAGAAGAAGAAGAAAAAAAAGCAAAACUCAAGAAACAAGAAGAAGAAGCUAAAAAACAACAAUUAAAAAAACAACAUGAAGAUUCAAAAAAGAAAAAACAAGAGAAGUUAAAACAAAUGGAAGAAUUUGAUGCAAUGGAUGAAUUAUCCAAAAAGGAAUUAUUGAAAAAAGCUGAAUUAAAUGCUGAUUUGAACAAUGCGGCUGAUUUAUUUGGUGGUUUGGGAGUUGCUGAAGAUAAUGAUGAUUUUGAUAUAAAUCAACAUCCAAGAGAAAGAGCGGAAGCUAUGAAAAAAGAUGAUACUCCAAAAAGAGCUCCAUUAACUAUUGAUACUCCAUUAGAAGAACAUCCAAUUUUUCAACCUACAAAUAAACAAGAAUAUGAAAAAUUGAGAAAAACUUUGGGAACUACAUUAACCCAAUUAAAUGAAGAUUCAUCAUUAUUAUAUGCUAGUUCUUUAGCUAUUGAUUUAAUUAGAGAUUUAUCCCAACCUUUAUCUGUUGAAAAUUUGAGAAAAGUUAUAUCGACUUUGAAUGUAGUUAUAAAAGAUAAAGAAAAACAAGAAAGAAUGAAUAGAUUGAAAAAAGCUGGGGGUACUGCUACUGGUGGUGCUGGUAAAAAGAAGGCUAAACCAGCUGCUAAACCAAAUGUUGGUGGGUUCAAAAAAGAUGCUUUUGAUGAUAUGGAUGAUGGGUUAGAUGAUUUAGAUGAUGAUGAUUUUAUGUAG